AUGACUCUCUCGCGCGCCAUUGGCCGAGCACCGUGUUCUGCCGCUUCCACCGUCGCGCGUAGCUCGUCGCGCCUCUCCCUCUCGCACGCUCGCCACUUUCGGUCGACCCCGUCCUCGCUCUUCAAUGAUUUCGGCGACGUCGAGAAGCUCAUGCGCAAUGUCCACCGCCAAAAAACGGAAGCCACCCGGCCGGAGCCGCCGGAGCCGCCGGAGCGGUCCGAGGCGCUGGUCGCCGCGGUGGAGCAAACUCGUAGUAGGCUAGAGAAAGCUCAUAGGGAGCGGAGAUGGCUACGGGCACGCAAGGAUUUGGCGGAGAAGAUCGAGGUGGCGGGAGCCGCGUCGCAGGUUCUGCGAGAGGCGUACACGCACCUAAAGCAAGAGCAUCGCAUAAAUGCGCAGAGCAGUUCAAACAUUAGGCCCUUCACCGAAAGAUAUGACAGCCUGGUCAAGGCUAUCCGCGUCCUGCGCUCAGAGAUUCACGCAUUCGAGCAAGACCGUGUCGAGCAAGAGCGUCGCAUAGAUGCGCAGAGCAGUUCAAACAUUAGGCCCUUCACCGAAAGAUAUGACAGCCUGGUCAAGGCUAUCCGCGUCCUGCGCUCAGAGAUUCACGCAUUCGAGCAAGACCGUGUCGAGCAAGAGCGUCGCAUAGAUGCGCAGAGCAGUUCAAACAUUAGGCCAUUCACCGAAAGAUAUGACAGCCUGGUCAAGAAUAUCCGCGUCCUGUGCUCAGAGAUCCACGCAGUCGAGGAAGACCGUGUCGCCAAACUCCAAGCCGUGCUUGGACACAUAACGACGCUGAAGGCAGACUUGAGGAGCAUGUUUGCCGCUUGGUCGAAAGCCUGCGAGAAAAUGGUUGAUCGAUUGGACGUGGCGCGACGGCAACUGGAAUACGAUCUCGAGAAAAUCAAGCUAGACAGCCAGACAGCCAGGGAUGCCCUUCUAGAACGUGCCCAAAUCAGGGAGACAGCUGAAAGCUUGAAGGCAUUCACGAGAAGCGUCAAGCAGACGUUUUCGGAAAGUUGGCUCGCUAUGGACCUUGUAACGGCGGUGCUCAAGGCUCGCUACAAGCGCUCAAUGUUGCUUCUAAACAAUGUACGAGAGGACAGUUCUGACCUCCGAACCGGACUAGACACCACCAGAGACCCGAAACUCCGUCAGCUCCUAUUCUCCACCGAUGAUAUGUACCGCCAAAUAAUCCCAGAUAUCGACCAUCUCUGCUGUAAGCCAAGAGAGGCCUCCCUGAUGUCGUGGAGACAAAGAUCGAGAAGAUUCCUUGAUGUCAAAGAUGGAACCGAGGAGGCCAUACACGAUUGGGAGCAGUGGCGCUACGACAAGGUGUACAAGCAAAUCAAUCCCACAGCGCAGCGUCUCAUCGAUGGUUUUGGAGAGUUUGCCUCAGCAACCGCAGCUUUAAACCACGACUUCAAAGACUUGUACCAAGAGCGGAAGUUUGGCCCUGUUGCGUCUCUGUACCGGACCUGUCGGAUUCUUACCAUAACAAUGAACGCUCUCAACCAAUAUCUCUACCAAGACAUGGUCAGUCUUCGCGUGAGACAUGAGAUAAAGAGUUCCCUCGAGGAUGGCGAUCUCAUUACCUUACGGAAGUUCCGCAUCUUGGACGUCGUUAUACGUACGAGUCGAGAGAUUACCAAAUUUUCACACCCCAGCAGGGAAAUUGCAUCCUAUUACGACGAAAUACGCCGUAGAACCAUCACGGCUGGCGGCAAUGAGCCAUGGCAUCUCCGGCAGGCCAUCGUCGACAAGGCAAGGAGCUACCAUCAAACAUGGUCCACGGUCCGCGACACGGAGCUCAAAGACGUCACGCAAACAGUAGACAACGUCUGCAAAGCGCUCAAAGAGACAUCCGACACCUCCGACCUCGACCACCUCGUGAACUACGCCAAAGAGCGCUUGGUCGAGGCGUACGAGGAGAGAUCGUUUUUCGAUGAAGGAAAAGCGAUGAAUUCAUACUUCAGUCCUUCCAUUAUGUGGAUCUUCAUGCGUUCAUGGCCUGAAAAGUUUCUCGAAGCUGGUAUGGCUUUGUUUGAGCGACAGGUAAACAAAACGGAGGAAGAGCUUGAAAACGCCGCCUCAGAUGACAUACAGGAUUUGUGGAGCGAUCUUCGAUCAGCCCGCGAAGGUUGGGAAAUGGCAAAGAAGCUCGCGGAGGAAAGAAGGCAAGAGCAGUGCAGCCUGCUGAAGCUAGCGGGUGUUGAUCAGGAGCCGCGCUACUACCUGGAUACGACUCUGGCUACGCAAGAGGCGACGGAGGAGAGAAGCAAGCACGCCUAUUUCUCGCACAAACUCUACCGCGCAAACCCGGCCAAGGAUGAUGAAGAGCACGUGCUCCUCCGACUGCCUCCCAAGUUACUAUAUCACACGAGCAAUGUAACACAUGCUGAAGUUCUCAAGGGGUUCAGGGGAAAGUCUGUCGGGUUCGAUCUCAGGUGGAAUCCAGGAGCCCGGUCUGAGGAUGGACCCAAAGCCAACACUUCGCUCUUGAUGAUCGCCACGGACUCGACCAUUCAUCUCAUCCACCUCGCACUACAGUCGGAUCUGCCACCGCUGCUCUUGCACGAGGUGAGGGUGCUGCUGGAGUCCAGAGACGUGGUCAAGGCGACUGUCGACGCCGAGGAGAAAUGCGCUCGUUUGCGGGAGUUCCUGGACGUCAACCCCCAGGGUUUCGUCGACUUGGAAGAUUUGCACUACCGUGUUCAGAAGAUCAAGACUGGGAGAGACGUACGCCGCUCCCCAUUGGCUCUUCAAAGGCUGACCUCUGAAUAUCUGGGCUAUGGAUUGCACCCAAAGGCAAUCGAUAGAACAUUCGAUCCAACGCUACGGCUUCGGCAAGCAGAGAAAGAAGCCAUGGGAUCAAGUGUGUAUGCUUGCUUUGCGCUGUGGAACACUAUGAACAGGGAACACAGGACGAUAUGGGAAAGGCAGCAGGUCUCCUCGGAAGCUCCCGCACCACAGCUUGCGCUAUCAGAAGAAGACGAGGAUUAUUUCGGCAAGUCAAAGUCGGAGAGGCCCGGACCAGCCGUCCUGGCCGCAGCCAAAGCAUGGGUCGAUGGCUUCCUGGCCAAAUCUGGGAAAGAAGACGUCAACUCCUCGGACGGGGACUCGCGUCGCCGACGGCUACUCUCCUAUUGCUUGUGGCACUACGGUGGUUACGACGUCUCAGCCAUGGCCCAAGCUGUUUCGCCGACAAUGGUCAACAUGCUCCUGGAAGCGAUCCAUCGGGAAACGGUGCCGUACGACGAAACCCGGGCCUCGGAAUUGCUGCAAUGGCUGCCCGACGGAGUAGCGUCUGCCCAGUACCCAGAAAUAAGCCGGGCCGUCCGCUUCAGUAACCGCAAGCCGGCACAGGCGCCACGGAGAAGCCGGCUUCUUCGGGAUCGAUCUGCUUUCCGUGAGGCUUGGAGAUGGGCGGCAGAGUUCCGGGAGUCCAGUAGUGACGAUGGGAUCGGCGACUCGACUGGCCUUGGCGACGACGAGGGGUCGCUCCUCCAACAGCUUUGCAUGUACCGGAUGUAUCAUCAUCACCUCAUGGAGGUCUCGGAGGUGAUAACGAGCAUACCUGGCGGGAUCCUACCGCCACAGAUGGCGAAGCUAGUCCUCUCCAUAAUCUCGAGGGAGAGGUUGCCUUACCGUGAAAAUGAUGUUAAAAAACUCCUGGUAGAAGUGCAUCGCAACGACUUUGGAGAUUUCAGAAGAACAAUACUCCUCAAGCAAGAGAGGGAUGCUGUGGUGAAGAUAUCGAAAAAGGAGAGAAGCAAGCAGGCACGGGAGGUGGUAGAAAAGCGAGCGAUAAAGCAACUACAACAAAGGCGCAAGCGGACUAGAGAGGCACACAAAUGGGCCAGGUCUGGAUUGGACAAAUACUCCGGGAGGCUGAAGCAGAGAUACUAUGGCGUGCGGUUUUAUCAUCGGUUGUGGCAUCACUACGGCGUCUCGAUGCAUGAUCUUCACACCAAGUACACAGACCCAAAGUGGCCGGGCAGCGUUGCACUUUACCUCGCCAACGCAAUCAAGAUCUUCGGCAUGCCGCCGGGAGACGAGGAGCAGAUGGCCGAGUUGCGAGGGAUGUUGGAGGAAGACGAGCACCUGUCGAAGACGAUGGAUAUCUUGCCUUCCUCGGCCAGCGCCAUAGAGGACAAGUCGGCUGAAUCCGUAAACGGCGACGUCAAGAAACAUCGACCGGCGGCAGAGAAAUGGGCGGUGCUGCAGAUGUGGAGGGUGGACCCGGGGGUUGACGUGUGGCUGCGCGAGAUGUUCCUGAAGGAACACGGGCGGCAGCACACCAGGCUCACGUACUACCGGCUAUGGCACCGCCAUAGAUGCUCUGUCGCCGCUCUGCAAGAGGAGUACUUCCCCGGUGCGGUGGCCCCGAUGAUGAAGAGGAAGACAAUGGUCGACAUCGCGGAGGGGAUUAUGGAGGUGUUGACGACGGUUAGGUCGCUGCGCGCAUCUGAUGGAGAUGUUCGGGAUUUGCUAGCGAUGCUGCCCGAGGAGAUGCAGCAGCGCUAUCAGCAAUGGCCUGCGAAAGGAGCGGACCUCAACGCCUCGGUCAGUGACAAUGGUGGCCAGGUGGAAGCGUCGACAAUGAGGAGCAUCAAGUCCAAGUCCGGUGAUGAUGGACGGCCGACAAGGACGGCGGGGAGAGAGGGGAGAGGGGGGUGGAUGUCGACGAUUACAGACGGAGUCAGGUCGAUGCUUGGUCUGAUGGAGAAAGAAAAGAAGCCGACGUCCAAGACGGCGGGGAGAGAGAGGCCGCCGCUCAGGUUGACAAAGAGCGGGAAGCCGGCAUUUGGGUCGACGAAGAGAGAAAAGGCGGCGUUCAGGAGGGUGGAGAGCGAAAAGGCUACGUCCAGGUCAGGGUCCAAAGCGAAAAGGAAGACGGCAAAGGCGAAUCGAAACUCCGAGGGCAAAGCGAAGAGGGCAGAGGACGCGACAGCAGUGCUGCUGAUGUCGUUUAUGGACCAGAAGAAGAACGACGGGGGGGCUUAA